GCAACUAAACACCGAGCCCUAGAAACACUCUGGGAUUAACACCCGCAGUGCCUUUAUACAAUUACAAGUGUGUAAAAUCAGUGAACCGAUAGUUAAAGUCAGGAGGUGAUGCCGGGACGAAGCAAAACAGUGCAUUAUAAAGUACGUUAGAAAGUUACAAUUGGAGCAUAAAUGGUAAAGGCCACGCUAUUUAAGGACAUUUAAUCGCCAGGUUACGGGAUAAUUUGAGGAUUGAUGGAGUGACGUCAGUACGUACCUUGAUAGCAGAGUAAUCUCCUUGUGGACGGUCUAAUUUCAGAGGGGAAUGGGCACGUUUCUACUCAGAUGUGGCUAUACGGUGCAAACACGGUGUUAACGUUUCAGCAAAUAGCUCUCGGAAUGAGUAAAGCGAGAACUAACAUAAAAAGUCUUUAAUAACAGCUCUGCGAGGCUCCUGAACUCCGCUGUGCGUUUCCGUGCAUCUAAGAGUGGAUGUUCAGAACAUUGGACGCUUCUUCCCACAACAGCCUCCUCAUUCAUCCUGAAGGUUAAAAAAAAUCGACUGGAUUUAACAGGUCAACGAACAGGGGAGAAAGAAACUCAAAUUACAACGCAUCAAUUUACAAAACUGACAUUAAUUAACCUCCGAAGCUCUAACUUAGACUUCGUAUCACCCUCCUAGAUUUCACUGUCUACUUCUGCCUUCCACUUUAUUUAAGUGUACAUAAUAUAUGAUAUUUAUAUCCCAUACCGAAACUUUAUGGAGUAGAUUUUCUUCCACAAUCAACUCAACCAGUAUUUAAUCGAACUACAUUUAAAAAUGAAUGUAAUUGCACUGUUACUCACCGGAUUGUGUCUAUCUGGGAAACUUCACUGGAUUAGUGGAUUCGAAUACGACUACUCUUACGAUUAUUAUGAUGAAGAAAAGGCGGAGGUAAUUGAUUACAAAGACCCAUGCAAAGCUGCUGCGUUUUGGGGAGACAUUGCCUUAGAUGAAGAAGACUUACAACUGUUUCAGAUUGACCGAACAAUUGAUUUAUCAAGACACAUGUUAGACAGAAUUGGACACACAACAGGUGGGUCCGGAGAGCAUAAAGUUUCCAAAAGGAAAGGAACAAUUUAUCAACUUAUAGAUCGGAUCCUAAGAUUGGGGUUAGUAAUUGCAGGCAGUGAUCAAAAUACCACCAACCGAGAAAAGAACAACUCAGAAACCUUAAAACGGAUCGAGAAGAAUAGAGUUCCCAGAGCUGCAACAUCACGAGCUGAGAGAAUAUGGCCCGGGGGUGUCAUUCCAUAUGUCAUUGGAGGCAAUUUUACUGGCAGCCAGCGGGCAAUGUUCAAACAGGCCAUGCGGCAUUGGGAGAAACAUACAUGCGUCACAUUCAUUGAGAGAGUAGAUGAAGAGAGUUACAUUGUCUUCACGUACAGGCCGUGUGGAUGCUGCUCUUAUGUCGGUAGACGUGGUAACGGUCCUCAGGCUAUAUCCAUAGGCAAAAACUGUGAUAAGUUUGGGAUUGUAGUUCAUGAACUGGGCCAUGUAAUUGGAUUUUGGCAUGAACACACAAGACCAGAUCGAGAUGAUCAUGUGACCAUCAUUAGAGAAAACAUCCAGCCUGCCUGUGGUGAAACUCUUCAAGAGUCAAGUGGUAAUUUCUCAUCCCCAGGAUUUCCUAAUGGAUACCCUUCAUACACGCAUUGUGUUUGGAGAAUCUCAGUUACACCUGGUGAAAAGAUUGUCUUGAAUUUUACCACCAUGGAUCUCUUCAAGAGUCGCCUGUGCUGGUAUGACUACAUAGAAGUACGAGAUGGCUAUUGGAGAAAGGCACCACUUCUUGGCAGGUAUUGCGGUGAUAAACUACCUGAAGUUCUGACUUCCAGCGACAGCAGAAUGUGGAUAGAAUUCCGUAGUAGCAGUAACUGGGUAGGAAAAGGUUUUGCAGCAGUAUAUGAAGCAAUUUGUGGUGGUGAGAUCAGUAAAGAAGCGGGACAGAUCCAAUCUCCAAACUAUCCAGAUGACUACAGACCAAUGAAGGAGUGUGUGUGGAAAAUAACAAUGUCUGAGCACUACAACGUAGGAUUAGUUUUCCAGGCCUUUGAGGUUGAGAGACAUGACAAUUGUGCCUAUGAUUAUUUAGAAGUCCGAAAUGGCAAUAAUGAAAACAGUCCCUUAAUUGGGCGUUUCUGUGGCUAUGAUAAACCAGAAGACAUCAAAUCUACUUCCAAUACCCUCUGGAUGAAAUUUGUUUCUGAUGGAACAGUUAAUAAAGCAGGAUUUGCAGCAAACUUUUUUAAAGAGGAGGACGAAUGUUCCAGACAUGACAAUGGAGGCUGUGAGCAGCAAUGCGUGAACACUUUGGGCAGUUACAAGUGUACCUGUGAUCCAGGCUACGAACUUGCGGCAGACAAGAAAAGUUGUGAAGCUGCCUGUGGAGGACUGUUGUCAAAACUAAAUGGAACAAUCACCACACCGGGCUGGCCUAAAGAAUACCCUCCAAAUAAGAACUGUGUUUGGCAAGUUGUGGCUCCUACCCAAUACAGAAUCUCUAUGCAGUUUGAAUUUUUUGAAUUGGAAGGCAAUGAUAUAUGCAAAUAUGAUUAUGUUGAGAUCCGCAGUGGCCUUUCAUCUGAUUCCAAGCUUCAUGGGAAGUUUUGUGGUACUGAAGUGCCUGAAGUUAUAACAUCUCAACACAAUAAUAUGAGGAUUGAAUUCAAAUCUGACAACACUGUUUCAAAGAAAGGAUUCAAGGCCCAUUUCUUUUCAGAUAAGGAUGAGUGUUCCAAAGAUAACGGUGGCUGUCAGCAUGAGUGCAUCAAUACAGUAGGCAGUUAUGUGUGUCAGUGUCGAAAUGGAUUUCUUCUACACGAAAACAAACAUGACUGCAAAGAAGCUGAAUGCGAACACAAGAUCUACAGUGCAAUUGGUACCAUCACCAGUCCUAACUGGCCAGACAAAUAUCCUAGUCGCAAAGAAUGUACGUGGGAGAUCUCAGCAACUCCAGGCCACAGAGUAAAAAUAGUUUUCAGUGAAUUUGAGAUCGAGCAACACCAGGAAUGUGCUUAUGAUCAUCUAGAAGUGUUUGAUGGAGAAACUGAUAAAUUUGCCAUCCUGGGUCGAUUCUGUGGUAGCAUGAUUCCAGCUCCUGUCAUUUCUACUGGGAACAAAAUGUUUAUCAGAUUUGUUUCAGAUGCAUCUGUACAGAGGAAAGGCUUCCAGGCUGCCCACUCCACUGAAUGUGGUGGGAGGCUGAAGGCUGAAAUAAAAUCUAAGGAUCUGUAUUCCCACGCUCAGUUUGGAGACAAUAACUACCCAGGACAAGUGGACUGCGAAUGGCAGAUUGUAGCAGAGAAAGGUUAUGGAGUGGAAUUAUCAUUCCAAACGUUUGAAGUGGAAGUGGAAGCUGACUGUGGUUAUGACUUUAUUGAACUAUUUGAUGGGUUUGAUAUGACAGCUUCGAGGCUUGGACAAUUCUGUGGAUCAGGGCCGCCUGAAGAAAUCUAUUCAACGGGAAAUGCUAUUUUACUUCAUUUCCAUUCCGAUGACACAAUUAACAAAAAAGGAUUCCAUAUACGAUACACAAGUACAAAGUUCCAGGAUGCUCUUCAGACCAAAAAGUAGCCUGACCCUCAAUACUCUCCUUUUCCCUUUUUAUUUGGCAAAAGCAAGAACGAUCUGAACUAUUUUAUAAUGAGACCAUAGUGAGGAACUGAAGAAAAUAAGUUGUUGAGGUGCCUGUGUGAUGGUGAAGUACCCUGGCAGAAGAUUCAAUGAAAAUGCGAAAUGCAGACUAAUGAUUAGUCUGGAAGUUAAACUGCAUUGACAAGAUACUGUAUUCCUGCAGCACGGUUAUAAAAGUUUGUGAGCUGUGUCGGCUUUGGUCACUAAAGGCUGCAGAACUUCAUUCGGUGAAAAUAGCCCUCCGCAAACUGCUCUUCAUCUCCGCAACCUACAAUAUCCAUAGGAAUGAAUCUACAUGAGACCACAACCAGCUUCUGUGUGUAUCAUUCACAGAUUUUUUUUUUGCCAGACAUGCAAAGAUAAUACAAGAAAGAAUGAUGUAUUCUAGUGUACUGUUCAAUUUUCAACAUGUCGUUUAACAAUAUAAAGGCAAACCAUUCACCACUUAAUUUAUGGGGUUCUACCAGUUUUUUUUUCCCAUCAAAAACAAAGCUAUCUUUACUGGUGACUAUCACCUGUGAUCAUGUCUCUCUGUUACAUGACUUUGUACUGACAAGCACUGUAGCAAACUGUGAAUUCCUUCAGUACCAAAAACAGGUUUAAAACAUUGAAAAUCCUGAUAGCAUUUUCUAUAUUUUGCUAUUUGAGUGUUCCAGGAUACUUUUUUUAAUAUAUGUGUUAGUAGUUUGCACUUAGAAUGAAAUCAUGAGGCCUGGUUUCAGGCUGCAGCUAUUCUCUGGACUGUAUUAUGUAAAUCAUUUGAAGUUGUAAGCAUAUGAAUUGUAUGUGUAUGAAAAUUAAAUUAAUAGAUAACCAGAUAAACAUAGUGUUCCUAUAAUACAGUAAGCAAAAUGGUCACAAAAUUCUAAAAAUGAAAUUGCUAACUACAAUUCCUUAAAGUACCCUUUUAGCUAUUCCAUGUGCUGAACAAUCUGUAAUUAAACUGAAGUGCUACAUUUUUCAGUAGCAAGACAAAACAGAAAGGUUAAAUAUGUAAACUAUAUUCCUAGUAUUCAAGUUCAACUUUGGGAUACUGGAUGUCUUGUUAAAACUGUGGAUGAACCAAAGCUGAAGCUAAGAAUUACACCCCUGGAAGGAUGAAUAAACCACAAAAAAUAUAAUACAAGACAGAUUUCUUAUGGUGCUACUCCAUGUUCAGAAGCUUUUUGAGUUUAUGAGCCAACAAUUUCGAGGGCCUUGUAUGAUUGUCAAAACUAGUUCGGUAUAAUUUGAAGGACAGACAAAUAUCAGCUUGGGCAUAAGAUGAGGUUAUCACGCUACUAAAACACAAGUCCUAUGGAGGCUGACAUAAUUAAUGCCUUAGAAUGAUUAAUUGUAAAUCCUUGCACAUGACAAACACAUCUGUCUGUGAAAAAAGGCUUUGACUAUGUUUCAAAAUAAUUGAACAUUUUUCUUAUCAUUUUUUGCCAUCUUAAAAAGAAGUUCAUAUAGUUGAUCUGUUUAAAAGUAAUGUAAGAAUGAAAUGUUUCAAUGUAGCUGAUGUAUAGAAAUGCUGAGUAGCCUGUUUCUAGAUUGAAUCACCAAUGUCCAUCCAUUCUUUUUAUGUUCCACCAAGAGAUCCAUAAUAUUAGACAUUUAAUUAAGACAUAUAUGCAUUAUUGUGUUAAUUCACGGAGGCAUUAUAAGACAAGGUGCAACUUCUGUGUUAUGGCUGAAUGGUGAAAUUGUUACAGUAUGUGCCAAGUUCCACUUGAAUCUGUUUUGAUGUAGCUUAUUUGUUCUUUUUGGGUUUUUUUUUGCUGUUGUUUAUAAUCAGACAAUUGUGGCUUCUGAAGCUUCUCAUUAAAAAAAAAAACUUUCAGGUCAACAUUCAGGAGUAAAAUCAAAUAUUGCAUUGCAGAAAAUGUUACUUUGCAAUGUUUUUCACACAGUAGAUUGCUACUUAAGUCAGCAGUAAUUAACCUAUUUGUAUCUGUAUUAUAUCCCAAGUCCGUCAAAAUGUCACUAGCACCAAUAAAUAUGUUUUUACAUACA